AUUAUUAAAAAAGAAAAAGAAAAAAGGGUGAGGGGACCAGGAUAGGGCCAUUAUUAAUUCCACAAACCCGCCCACGUUUCCCUCGUUCUCCAAUCCCCAUCAUCCUAUAAUCCUAUCCCAUUUAAUUUAUUUAUUAUCAAAAUUCAAAAUCCUGUUUUGAAGUAACGGCAAUGGAAACUUCCCCUCCUCCAACAGACAAGACAAAAAUGAGAGGGAAAAACCGCCGCAUGUUAUUAGUUAGCGCCGCCGCCGCCGCCACCCAGAGGAAUCGCCGCCCCAACGCCGCCGUUGAUGCACCGGAGGAGAGGAAGAAACCCAAAGAGCGCAAACAGGGCAAGUCAAAGUGGCCGUUCAAGAAAACCCCGGAGAUCAAAAGCCGCAAGGAGGAGAAGAUUACGGCAAAGAGCGGAGAGAACAAUCGGGGCAAGUCGAAGCCGCCGGCGCAUUUCUUAUUCUUAACCGUAUCAAAGCGCCGCCGUAGGGGAUGGGGUUUGAGACUUUCCGGCGGCGGGCUGCUGCUGAGGCGGUGGAAGAGGAGGGUGGGGUGUGCGUUGAGGAAGUGGAUGAGCAGAGGAAGAAGAAGUCUCGUGGGGUGGGCCCCGACAAGGCGGCCCCGCGGAGGCGGCGACCCGGAGAUUCAGAGAUUGAUGAGAAAUGAAGAAGACGAAGAAGAAGAAGGGAUUGAGCUGUGCAAGAAGAGGAUCCUAAUGGGGGACAAGUGCAAGGCGCUGAGCCAAUCUGGAAGGCUUCACUACGAUGAGAAUGGCGUUUUGUUGCCGGAGAUGAUACCAUACGAAUGAGACUUCCCGUGCAUUUGGGAAGAGCUUUAGAUAGUUAGUAGGUAGGGAUUAGCUUUUUGAAAAAAGCUAAUCCCUUCAAUAUGGUUUAGGAGCAUUUACUUUGUAUUCCGGUGCAUUUUACGAUCACUUUGGUUGUCAAAAUUUUUAAAUUUUGAUCAUAAAUUAUGGAUAAGAUA